AUGGCUAAAGCAUCGGUGUGUGUGCUGAUUGCUACUGUGCUCAGUGCUACAGGUUUGGAUCUGCCGAACCUUGCGCAAAACAAGCCCACAGAACGAAGCUCAGUAUAUAAAGCAUGGACAUCUGAUUUGGCUGCUGACGGCCAAAACGGCACUGACAGUGAAGCCAGACAAUGUGCCCAUGUGGCGGAAGCAAAGGGUGUGGUAGAGUGGUGGCAAGUAGACCUCCAGCAGACCUUCUCGGUCCUAACUGUCUCCGUCACCAACAGGGGGGACUGUUGCCACGAAAGAUUAACCAACUUCACUGUGGAGGUCCAUACUUUUGACCCGAUGACCAGCAGCAACACCGGCCUACAAGUCUGCUAUUUGCAUGAAGGCACGGUGGGCAGCGGUCUGACGGUAGACUUGACCUGCGCCGUCAACACCAUUGGACGUUACGUCAGAAUCGUCAAGUACAACUCCGGUUGGAAGCCUUUAACCUUGUGUGAAGUGGCGGUGAGGGGAGCCCCAAUGCACAACACAUGCGGAGUGUCGCCUGUCGUGUUCACUAAUCUCAGUACAGGAGCCAGGGAGCCUGACAACAUCAUUGCCAGUCAUGAAAACAUCGGGAAGCUCGACUGUGCCAACAUGUGUCUCAGAAAGGCUUCUUGCAACGCCUUCAACUCAAGGUCUCCGUCAAUGGGCGUGGUCAGCUGUGAGCUGCUGGCCGUGACCCUUGACCCUGUCACUAAUCCACCAUGGGUUGUAUAA